AUGGAAAGUGGUUAUUUUUCAGCUUGGAAGAGUUCUGGUUCUUUGCAUGGGCUACAACAUGUAGAGGAAGCUGAGGAGAUGAAAAUAGUGCCAACCUUGCCUGCAAUCCCUCAGCCACAAACACCACAGGAGCCUAUGGAGUUUUUGUCAAGGUCAUGGAGUCUUUCUGCUUCAGAAAUCUCAAAGGCUCUUGCUCAAAAGCAGAAGCAAUUUUCUCUUGAAAAAAGUCCUGAAAAAUUCCCAGAAGCAACUGUUGUGCCACAACUGACAGGAAAGAUUAUAAAGUCUGUUAAUAAUCGGAGAACAAAGUCAAUGGGCAAAUGGUUCCACCAUAAGGAGUUCACUAGUAGCACAGUGAAAAAGAAAGAUAAGGAACGGGUAGAAAGAGCACGAGUGCAUUCUGCUGUCUCCAUUGCAGGAGUUGCUGCAGCCUUGGCAGCUGUAACUGCAGCAGAAAACUCCAGUGGUUCUGGCUCAAAAACGACCAUGGCUUUGGCUUUGGCUACAGAGUUGCUGGCAUCACAUUGCAUUGAAAUGGCUGAAUUAGCCGGAGCUAAUCAUGACCAUGUGGCAUCUGCUGUUAGAUCAGCAGUGGACAUUCAAAGUCCUGGUGACCUUAUGACUCUUACAGCAGCUGCUGCUACAGCUUUGCGAGGAGAAUCGGCUUUGAAAUCAAGGUUACCGAAAGAAGCAAGAAGGAAUGCUGCUAUUAGUCCCUAUGAUCGGGGAAUGGCUGAAAUUCCUUCAGCUGGUGCUUUUUAUAGUCAAGUAGAGGAGCAGGAUCCUCCCUGUGUUGGAGAACUACUGCAACUUACAGGAAAAGGUGUUUUACAAUGGAAACGUGUCUCUGUCUAUAUCAACAAUAAAUCUCAGGUUAUUGUUAAACUCAAGCGUAAACAUGUUGGAGGAGCAUUCUCCAAGAAAAAUAAAAGUGUUGUUUAUGGAGUCUGUGAUGAGACUUCUGCUUGGCCAUAUAAGAAAGAAAGGGAAAUUUCAGAAGAGGUCUAUUUCGGGCUCAAAACUGGACAGGGUCUACUAGAGUUCAAGUGCAAGAACAAGGUUCAUAAGCAGAAAUGGGUUGAUGGGAUCAAAAAUCUUCUUCGUCGAGUCAACUACAUUGAAGAAACUGAGCACUCUCUGGGAUUUUUAAAUAUCAGUAAUAGUAUAUAG